AUGGAAUCGGGGGGGGGGGGAUGCAGCGAGAGGGGUUUGCGGUGCCUCAGCCAGCUCCUGGCCGGUGUCUCAGAGCUCCUUGCAGUAAAGAGCUUUCUCAGAAGUUUCCCGCCGUCUGGGUCGGCUGAAGGCCUACGGCAGCAGCAACCAGACACCGAGGCUGUGCUGAACGGGAAGGGCCUCAGCACCGGCACCCUUUACAUCGCUGAAAGCCGCCUGUCUUGUUUAGAUGGCUCUGGAUUAGGAUUCUCCCUGGAAUACCCCACCAUUAGUUUGCAUGCAGUAUCCAGGGACCUAAACGCCUAUCCACGAGAGCAUCUGUAUGUUAUGGUGAAUGCCAAAUUUGGAGAAGAAUCAAAAGAAUCGGUUGCUGAUGAAGAAAAGGAAGAUAGUGAUGAUGACAUUGAACCUAUUGCUGAAUUUAGAUUUGUGCCUAGUGAUAAAUCAGCAUUGGAGGCCAUGUUCACUACAGUGUGUGAAUGCCAGGCUUUGCAUCCAGAUCCUGAGGAUGAAGAUUCAGAUGAUUAUGAUGGAGACAAAUAUGAUGUGGAAGCCCAUGAACAAGGGCAGGGGGACAUCCCUACAUUUUAUACCUAUGAAGAAGGAUUAUCCCAUUUAACAGCAGAAGGCCAAGCCACACUGGAGAGAUUGGAAGGAAUGCUUUCUCAGUCUGUGAGCAGCCAGUAUAACAUGGCUGGAGUCCGGACAGAAGAUUCAAUAAGAUAUUAUGAAGAUGGGAUGGAGGUAGAUACUACACCAACAGUCGCUGGACAAUUUGAGGAUGCAGAUGUUGAUCACUGAAAAUGAUGGAUGCUGCUUUAGGAUUCUGCUCCUAACUGUAGGAGAGAACUUGGUGCCUCUUCCACUGUGGAGUGGGUGUUGAUGAAAGUCUUUUUCUUUCUCCAAAACUUACCUGAACCAGUUCUUUCUUGAGACAGAGUAUACUGAGACAAGAAGCUGUCACCAGCACAAGAAACUAUGACCUUUAUUAACAAAGGUGGAUUAACUUAACCAGGAGGGCUAUUUGUAGUUUAUGAUUUACCCCAAACCUUUGUGUCUAGGUGUACCCUCUGAUAGGCCUAUGAUUCCCACCUUCACUAUAUGCAACCUCAAAACCUAGCAGGACUAAGUGGUGGAAAUGCACUGGCAUUUGAAGGUGUAGGUAGACUGCGUGGGAAAGAAAGGCUGAAUCUAAGCUAUACUCCUUAGGGCCUAAGGAUACCCUUAACUCCUU